AUGCCCAGCGGGUACACGGUAACGAAUAGAUCCACCACCGGGUGCUACACUUGUAAACGCAGGAAAAAGAAAUGCGAUGAGCGACAACCAACUUGCCUAAGGUGCGAGAAGGCCGGAAAGGAAUGUGAAGGAUAUGCUCCACUGGAGAAUCCUGAUAGCAGGGGGCUAAUGCGACGAACGAGACUGGCGCCUUCUCACGGGAUCGGGAAAGCAAAUGGAUUGACCAAAGGACUCGAAAACAGGCCAGGCUCUUCAUCGCGCAGCACCACGAGCGUGCCGCCCGCUCCUCACAUUGUUUCUCACGAACAUCCGUACCAAGCCUAUCCGCAUCCUCAGACUGAUGCUGGGGAUCCCUACAGGUCCACCAAUGUGCCGUAUAUCGAUCAGCGCCGCAUUUCCUUGCAGGAUUCUCCAUCACCGCCGUCCUCAUCUUCGUCGUUUGACCCAGUUCAGUAUUAUCCACCCGCAAAUCCACCACCUAGGGUUCGCCCCUAUCCUCAAUCCUUGGUAGUCUCGAGUCGUCAGGGGUCCAAUCAAUAUCAGGGCUUGUACCGGCCAGCCCCUCCGGGAUCUUACAGGCCCCAACCGAUCCAAACCGGCAAGGCCGGCGUGGUAUACGGCCCAUUUUGGCCUUCAAGUCCAACCACCUCGUCAGAUGGGGAUGAAAGAUCUGCGCACCCUGAAGAGGAAGACCCAGAAAGUGCAAAAAUCAAUCAAGUUAUGUGUACCACCCCGGUUUUAGACGCUAACACACGCAGCAAUGCGUUGGCGUUUGUGUUACAAUGUUAUGCCCGAUGGGUCAAUUUUGUCGUAUUUGAUCCUCUAUGGGUUGUUGGCGCGAUGAAGGAGAACGUCAUCAAACAAUUCUCAAACUCCGAAGCAGCACGGUCCCGCAUUAUCCUAGUCGCUAAUAUAUUGGGGGUGUUGGGUAAAUCCCCGGGGAACACUCCGAGGAGUACAUCGAUUGUCGAGACAUUGACUACCGAGGCACAUGGUAUUAUCAAUCGCUUUAAACAGAGGACACCUACUCCUGAGCGCGAAGUUGAUAUGGCCAAUGCAUCAAAAGCCUUGGAUCUCAUGAUGGAGGCAAGUAAAUAG